UGCCAGAUUACCUACCCAAAAGACAAGUAAUUCUUAAGGGGGAAUAUGAGGGUGUUUACUUGUUACUUUUGUUCCGGUCCAGUUUAUCCUGGACAUGGAAUUAUGUUUGUUCGAAAUGAUUCAAAAGUCUUUCGUUUUUGCCGUAGCAAGUGCCAUAAGAACUUUAAGAUGAAGCGCAAUCCUCGUAAGGUUGCUUGGACUAAGUCUUAUCGUAAAGCACAUGGUAAAGAAAUGGUUUAUGACAAGGCAUUGGCUGUAUCAGCUGCUCGUAGAAAUGUUCCUGUGCGUUACGACAGAAACGUUGUGGCUACUACUUUGACAGCCAUGAAGCGCUCUGCUGAUAUUCACGCCAAGAGAGAACGCAUGUUCUUCAAGAAGAGAUUGUCUGGAAAGAAGUCUCAACAAUUGGCCGAAGCUCGAAAGUUGAUCGGCCAGAACGUUCCUCAAUUUGCCGAGAAGGAGACUGUGGAAGAACAAUCAGGCGAACCUCAAGAAGCACAAGUUGUUUCCGACGAAGAAUAUGCUAUGGACGAGGAACCCGCCGAGGCAGUCAAGGUUCCCGUUGCAGCUACCAAGAAACGCAAAAACAAAAAGUCACGCGGCGAAGGCGCAAUGGACAUGGAUUAAAGCAGCGUGUCGAGCUUGUAUUGAUUUAUGCAUCGGCUAUAUUACUUUUCCAUUGGAAAAGUUAUCAGGCUGCAUUGUUGCGAAAACGAUUGGUGUCGUUUUGUAUACGUUCAUUUCUGUGUCUUUUCUUUGAUACUUUAUUGUAGAACAUGUAUGUUUAAAGACAAUACGUCUACUGCUUUGUUUCAUUGUACCUUUUGGGUCUAGGACUUUUUUUGAAAAACUAUUAUGGUUGGUUUAAUGGAAUUGGUUUUAAUUUUGUGUUUCUUGAUUUGUAGUUCAGCAUUGUAGAUGAAAAGUGGAAGGUAAGAACAGUAAAAUGUUUAUAAAG